GUGAACACUCUAUCUAAAAAAUAUGAAGCACAUAGUUCUAUCUAUAUUUUGUCUAAAGUAAAGAAAUUCUGUGAAUAGGCAACACUGCUGUAGUAAAAACUAAGUUUAAGGUCUCUGCUGCAGCUUUUCAAUGUUUAAGGCACUUAGCAUAUAUUUCUACUAAAAGUUAAAGAUCUAUAUUUCUAUUUCACUUUGGUGUGACUUCAUGUAUCUCAGCUUAUCCAAAGGUUUUAAUUCAGCCCCUGAAAUCUGACUUCCCUUUCGGCCUGAGUCCAGAGAAGCUUUCACUGCUACAGAGGAACAUGACAACAAUGGAGGUUUGAGCGGGUCUUGUGGGAUGAGGGAGCUGUCAGCAAGGAAAGCUUGUGAGGUUGUGGAGCCAUGAUGAGAGAGGACACACAAGGCCUAGGAAAGGACAGACUGCAGUGAUGUGGCCCUGGUAUCUCUUCUCAGCACAAGUGCAGAAUCCUCAUCUCCCUGUACGUGUCUUAUUGUCUUAUCUCUGUUCUGAAGCUUAAGAAGGCACAAGCAUCAAAGGAGCCCAUAACAGGGUAAGCUUGAUCCUGCUCUUUCAGCUGGAAAAUCUGUGACAGCCUCAGGACCCUCCACUUCUCUAGAAACCCCUUCUAAACCAUGGGGAGGUGCAACAGUUGCAUGAGAAUGUUCCUAAUAUAACCAGUAUCAUUACCUGUAUUAUUUAUUAUUCACGUCAUUCUAGAGGGGGUUUUGUGACAAACCCGUUUUAGACGAAACCAAAAUGACCAGUAUGGGAUCACUCUGGAGUUGACUCAGAAAAGGGGGUAGGAGGAAGGGAGCUGGGACAGAGGCAUUUGUACCAGGCAUGAUGAAGAAGGGCAGGGGAGAAGCAACAGAGAGAGAGGAGUCUUCUGUUCCCAGAGGAAAUAGCAAUGACCCCACAGAGCUGAGGACACCACGGGAAGAUGAGAAAGCUCACUGGGGAAGAAGCCCUUGACCUCCCAGAUGCCCAGCACUGGGUGUGCAGCAGAGCUGGUGAUUCCAGCUGGGGAGGUGAGGACUCCACUGCGAGCUGAGCGGGAACAGCCCCUUCCCAUGACUGAGGCCCCAGAGGCACGGAAUGGUCAGAAUGCCGGUGGCUGAGGGAGGCACGGGGGCAGCUGCUGGAGGAGGGAGACACGCAGAAGGAGCAUUUCAGGCACUGGAAGGACAGGUCAUUUCUCUGCCCCGCCUCCGCUCCUUCCUUUGCUGCCCCCAGAGAGUGGUUUCCGGCAGCUCUGUUAUCUCGGGGCUGGCAGGUGGUUUCUGACUCUGCCUCACUCAGCAAACACGCAGCUUGGUCUCGGCAUGCACCUCGCCUAUCUCAUCCUCACGGUCUUCCUGGGCCAGCUCCUGGGCACCACGGGGCAGAUCAUGGUCACCCAGGAAGAUGGACAAGUCAUAGUGGAGCAGAGACAUCCCUUCCAGACCACCUGCACAUACCAGAUCAGUAAUUUUAGGGCAUUGCUCUGGUACCAGGUGCAGAAAGGCCAAGCCCCACAGCUGGUCUCCUAUCACACAGGGCCUGGCGCCAAGCACAGCGGCCGUAUCACCACGCACCUGAACACCACCGGGAAAUACAGUGUCCUGCAGGUGGAGGAAGUGGAGGUCUCUGACAGUGCCUUGUACCUCUGUGCUGUGCAAGACACCCUGGUGCAGGGAACUUCCUCGGCUGUGCAACAAGCCAGGGGAGGGAGGGGAUGUGUCUGUGAGAGGGCUCCACAAGGACGGUUUCACUCCAGCUCGGAGGAUCAGUUGAACUCGGGACAAACAGCACGGGCGCGGCUUCAGCACGGCUGGCAGCCCCCGUGCCCUCCGCCCCAGCCGGGACACAGCCGCUCUCAGCAGCGCUGCAGAGGGCAAAAGGAGGAGCUGUGCCUUGGGGGCACGGCGAGAGGCUCGGCAAUCCUGCCGCCCGUGGGCUGCCAGUGGCGGAGCGGAUCUGCUUCCGAUGCAGUGUCGGUGCUGUGUGGGAUGGGACGCAGCUGUCUCUUGUUCCUGGCAAUGGCAAACGUCCUUGUGUCGCUCAUUGUGGUGGUGCUGUGA